AUGAAGUUCCGCGAUGGCAUGUGGCUUACGAACGAUGCGUUCACGGUCCAGUACGCAGAAGAAGUCUACACCGUCACUCCCCGCGAAGACAACAAAGCCGUAACGCUACUCUGUCCAACACGCAAGAUCUUUUCCCGCGGCGACACGCUCAAUCUCAGCAGCAUUUCCGUUGAACUCGAAGCCCAAUUCGACGGCGUCAUCUCGUGCGAAGUAACACACUUUUCCGGCGCUCGCCGAUUGGGGCCCGACUUUGAUCUGUUUCCGCAUGGCAAGCCAGGUGUGGAUGCACAGGUGGAGAAGGGUGAGAAGGGAACGACCAUUACCUCUGGGGCGUUGAGUGCGACUAUAAGUGGAGAUGCGCAUACCUUUGACGUAAAAUUCCAUGCAACAGGUGGCUCGAAAACCAUUACUUCACUACAGAGCCGUAGCGUGGGUUUGGCUUAUUCUCCCGCAUUGACGAGCCCGAAGCAGGUAGAAGACAUCAGCGACCGGAAACAUUUCAUGUUCACGCAGACUGAUCUGGCCGUUGGAGAGACAAUCCAUGGACUAGGCGAGCGCUUCGGAGCGUGGAAUAAGAUCGGUCAGAACGUUGAAGUCUGGAACGAGGAUGGAGGUACCUCCAGCGAGCAAGCCUACAAAAACAUAUCAUUCUGGCUCAGCUCGCGCGGCUAUGGAGUCUUCAUUGACACACCCGACAAGAUUGAUCUUGAGAUUGGUAGCGAGCGCUGCUCCAGACUACAGACUACCGUCGAAGGGCAGCGCCUCAAGUGGUACAUCAUCUACGGGCCUACGCCGAAGGAAGUUCUCACCAAAUACUCGAUCCUGACGGGCAAGCCUGGGAAACCGCCAGCAUGGUCCUAUGGUCUUUGGCUAUCGACCUCCUUCACAACUUCAUAUGAUGAGAAGACAGUGCGCCACUUCGUCGAAACGAUGAACACGAACCGCAUUCCCGUCGAGGUCUUCCACUUCGACUGCUUCUGGCUGCGUGCCUUCCACUGGACAGACUUCGUCUGGGAUCCCGAGUUCUUUCCCGAUCCGCAGGGUCAAAUCAAGCGAAUGAAAGACGCCAAACUCGUAAACAAGAUCUCCGUCUGGACGAACCCCUACGUCGGCCAAGCAUCGCCUGUAUUCAAGUACGCCGCCGACAAAGGCUACCUGCUGAAGAAGACAAACGGUGAUGUCUGGCAGUGGGAUUUGUGGCAGACGGGCAUGGGCAUUGUCGACUUCACGAACCCAGAAGCGUGCACCUGGUUCGCAGGCUGCAUGGAGAAGCUAUUCGACAUCGGCGUCGAUGCUAUCAAAACAGACUUCGGAGAGCGCAUUCCCACAAAGAACGUCCAGUGGCACGACAAGACCGUUGAUCCGAGCAGGAUGCACAAUUGGUACGCCUUCAUCUACAAUAAGCUCAUCUACGAGACACUGCAGAAGCGCUACGGCGAGAACGAAGCCGUCCUUUUCGCCCGUACCGCUACCGCAGGCGCCCAGCGUUUCCCACUCCAAUGGGGCGGCGACUGCGAAAGCACACCCGCAGCCCUCGCCGAGUCGGUGCGCGGAGGUCUGAGUCUAGGCCUUGCAUCGUUCGCCUCGUGGACGAGCGACAUUGGAGGUUUCGAAGGCAAGCCCCCGCCGUGGAUCUACAAGCGUUGGGUUGCCUUCGGCUUCUUGUGCACGCACAGUCGUCUGCACGGCUCAAGCUCGUACCGCGUGCCCUGGCUCGUGGACGACUCCUCGACUGAGCCGGAGAACUGCACCGACGUCUUGAGACACUGGGUUCAAUUCAAGCGCCAGCUGAUGCCGUAUCUCUUCGCGCAGGCGGAGGAGAGUAUUGCGAAUGGGUGGCCGACGAGCGUACGUGCCGUUGCGCUUGAAUUUCCUGAUGAUCCGACAAGUUGGUACUGCGAUCGCGAGUUUAUGAUCGGUUCGCAAAUCCUUGCAGCGCCAGUGUUUGAGGAGGAUGGGACUGGUGAGAUAUACCUGCCUCCCGGCCGGUGGUUCAACUUCUGGACUGGAGAGGAGGUGCAAGGGAGCAGGUGGGUGAGAGAGAAGUAUGGAUUCCUGCAGACGCCGUUGUUUGUGAGAGAGGGCACUGUGCUGGUGCUAGGACAGGCGGACGGCGAGGAUGGAUUUGCAUAUGAGUGGUUGAAGAAGGGGGGGACCAUCAAGACCUAUGGUGUCAAGGAGGGCGACAAAGCUGUGUUAGUCGACAAGACUGGAGAGCAGAAGGGUGUGGUAGAGGUUGGCAGCGACGGACAGAUCAAGGCACCCGAUGUCCUGCAAGGGGGGUGGAAGUUGGAGAAUGUGGCAUAG